CAUAUAAAGGCAGAGGGACGGGAUGACUCGUGAGCGGUUAUUGAGCAGUGAAGCGUCACAGCGAGGUCAUGCUGCGGCGGAGACUGUUUCACACACUUACCCACUUCUGUCCAAGGAUUCAACAAACCGAGACAAGUUUGCUGUCUGGCUUUCCCUGUCCGCUGCAACACGGACACAGGUCUGCCUGGCACGGGACAAAAUCGGAUGUUCCAGAUGUGAGGGAGCGGACUCUCAUCGCUGUAAAGCCAGAUGGAGUGCAGCGUCGGCUUGUUGGACAGAUUAUUCAGCGGUUCGAGCAGCGAGGCUUCAAGUUGGUCGGUCUGAAGAUGCUGAAGGCGUCUGAGGAUCUUCUGUCUGAGCACUAUUGUGAAUUGAGGACAAAGCCUUUCUAUCACAGUCUGCUGAGUUACAUGACCUCUGGGCCUGUGGUUGCCAUGGUGUGGGAAGGCCACAACGUUGUCCAAACAUCUCGGAUAAUGGUGGGACAUACUAACCCGGCUGAGGCCCAGACAGGCACCGUCAGAGGAGAUUUCAGCACUCAUGUCAGCAGAAAUGUGGUCCAUGCCAGUGAUUCACUGGAGGGGGCUCAAAGGGAGAUCCAGCUGUGGUUUCAAGCCAACGACCUCCUGGACUGGGACUGCUGCGACCAGACAAGCACCAGUGAUGUUUGAAGAUGUUCAUAGCUGAAGGCAGUAAGAAUCAGUCAUACUAUCAUUUCUCCUGCUGCUUAAAAGUCUCUCUCUUCUGACAGUGUGGCCUCAGUGAUCAAAAAGGAUGAGCUAUAAGUAGUGCUCCAUGUAAGAAAAUUACCUCAAUAAAUGCACUCAGAGUUGAAAGAUUUUUGUUGAAAUGUUAUUAGAUAGAUAUUACAAUUCAAAUUACAUUAGUAAAUACAUAAACAUAUAUAUAUGUAUAUAUAUGUAAUACUAUUAUUUUCUUUUACUGACCCAUUAUUGCAAAUGUUUAACAGUUAAAUAUUAAGAAAUUAUACAAUGUAAAAUAUUCAAAGAAGUUAACAGAGUGAGUAAUGUUGAAUUCUUCUCAACUAUGUCUUAAGACCCAGUAGAAGUGUGCAUUCGUGUAUUUCUCUACAGAUACACACCUGUUCUCCAUGGUUUCUUCUUAUUUUCAAGCACAUAGAACUUUUAAAGAAGCAGUCAGUUGACAUUACUUAAUUAUACCAGGGAUGCACCUAUCCCCUUUUUUCUCAGUUAUGAGACAAUCCCAAUGUAUACUGUACCUCUAGACAACAAAUAGUGAUUUCAAUAUCCAAAUAAGGGAAGGGAUUUGGGGCUCGAUGUUAUUUUUAGUUUUUAAAUUGCAGUUCAAAAGUUGUAGUAAAAAAUAUACACCUACAUUAGUCAACCCUUCGGUUAAGUAAAAAACAACAGUGCUUCAUUUGAAUAUGAUAAAUCAAGCAGGCUUCUUGCAACAGUAAAAACUUAAAGGUCUGAUACUGUAUAUGUGAUAAGUGUAUUAUUCCAGUAUCAGCCCCCAGUACUCCGAUAUUGGAUUGGAUCAGCCCCUUCUCUAUCUUAUACACACACGUAUACUAUGUGGCAGUAAAUGGAUCUCCAUGUAGAAUUCAACCACACAGCUACAUGUGUGAAGGUUUGUUUGUUUCUUAAAAUAUAAACGAUUUAAAGUAACAGAUUAAUUAAUUACUAGUACUUACUAUAUGUGUAACUUACUGCAAUCUCUUCUCAAACAACCUCUUCUGACAAAACAAACUUAGUGUUGCGUUUAAUUGGGACUGGGAAAUCAGUGUUUUAAAUCUUUGAUUAGGAAACAAAAAUCUAAGCAAGGGCUUCAGAUCAGGUAUAAAAACUGUACAUAAAUGCAGUGCAGGAGAGGAAGGACAGACUUAAAAAAGCUGGGACUGCAGUCACUAAUCACUACAAGCCUAAAAAGGGUGCCUUUAAUCUAACAAACUUUUUUCCAUAAUGUCAGUUUUUGGUGUUAUUUUUCACUACAUCUACAUACUACAUCUUUUAUUUGUUUUAUGUUACACCUCUGUAACUGCUGUAUGAUGGUUAGAUACGUUUUUCAUUUUAUUUUUCAAAAUGAACAAAUACAUGAAACAAAUGUAACAAUGUACUUGAACUCUGCCAUGAAAUUAUUUUUUAUUUAAUUUUUUAAUGGUGUUUAUUUAUAUGAAAUAAAUAAGAGCAGCUGAAAACAUAAAUCUUCUUACCUCUGAAUAAAUCUACUAGAAAGACUGUUUCAAAAUAAGCACAAAACUGGGAGUGAUGCUAGACCUGGAAUUUGACCUUGAGUGAAUGUCAUUUGUAGAAAUCUGUAAAAAAUAUUAAAGUUACAUGAUUUUAACUGCAAACCUCUGCAUGAUGCUGGUUUACCUCCACCUGUUAUCCGUAGGUUGAAGUACUAUCAGCUUUGUUUGUAUCAUUUCUUUUCUUUUUUUUUUUUUUAAAUGUGGGGUUUGAACUUCCAUGUCAGAUAUAGAAAAAAAAAUAAUUAAUUACUAACUAAAGGACUGAUCUUUUAUACUGUAGUGUUUUACACAAGGAUAAACAGUGUCCUUCUGAAACAUUUAACUGACUAAAAAACACAUUAGGAAGAGUGGAACUUUACCAUAUAUUUGAUGUGUUUUUGGACUUGAACAGCAUCCAGCUUUGCCAUAUCACCAGAAACUGUCCUUAACGACUGAUGCACAAGUCAUAGAAACUUUACCCCAUCAGACAUGGCUGCUCCUGGUUAAAGAUUUUUGAAACGAUGGACACUUCAUGAGUUUUAAAGCACUGUAUCCAUUUUAGGUUGUAUGCAAGUCCAUUUAAAUGUGUUUAUUCUUAAAAUGUCAAACAAAUGCUGUCAGAAAGAUGAUGAUAGAAAUUAUCAAAUCUAAACAAUAAGAAUAACAUAUGUAAUGGUUAUCUUAAAAUCGUGGAAAAGUCAGAAACAGCAAGGUUUGUAUGUCAGUGUCAGUAGUAGAACAUCUUCUAUUUCUGAAUUGGAUUCACAUGUAAGAUUUAACAGCGUGUAUACUUGAAAGAUUAAUAUAACCUUUGAAUCAAA